CUUGUCAUCUUUGGAAGGUAACUGGCUGGAGACAUUCUGAUCAGCAGACUACUCAGCUCUGAAAAGGAUCCUCACACAAAGAUAGGAGUAACCAUAAGGAUGAAACCACUGUGUUUCAUCUUGGGCCUUUUGGCCCUUGAAGCCUGUUUCUCGCCUGGGGAGAGCCAUAGAGGGCCCCGAGGACCAUAUCCACCGUAUCCGCAGAUGCCGCCUCCUUAUCCUCCACAGCCUUUUGACCCAAGAUUUGGUCCACCACCUCCUCCACCUCCUCCCCCUUUUGGCCCGGGGAGAAUUCCACCACCUCCCCCUUUUGGCCCAAUGGGAAUUCCUCCACCUCCUCCUCCUCCCCCUUUUGGCCCAGGGAGAAUUCCUCCUCCUCCUCCUCCUCCCCCUUUUGGCCCAGGGAGAAUUCCUCCUCCUCCACCUUAUGACCCACGUUAUCCAUAUCCACCUUUCCAACCAAAUCCAUAUGUACCCGAACCUGCAGUGAACCCUGGAUACCCUCCAGUAUAUCCUUCCUACGUUACCCCUGCAUCCGAAAUACAAGCUACUACAACAAGCACCACUGCAACCAAAGAAAACCCCACUACAACCAAAGAAAACCCCACUACAACCAAAGAAAACCCCACCACCACCAAAACAGACUCCACCAGCUCUACAACUACUACUCCUACUACCAAAGCUGAAACUACUACUACUUCCAAGGGAUUUUUUGAUAAAGUAGCAAACAUUUGGGGAUAAGGAUGAGAUUUCCUAUAGCUCUGAGCUGUGGGGAGAAAUUAUCUUAGAAAGAAACCAAAACAACAUUAGGCAAACAACUUGAAA